CUUUAUCAUGUAUCUGUACACGGUGGAAGGGCCCGAUUGUAAUCAUGUGUUGUCUUUCCGCUGACUGGUUAGCACGCGACAGAAGCUUUUCAUGUACCUCGGUACACGGGACCAUUAGCUAAACUCAAAAUCAGGUUUGGAUAUAGUAAUAUUCCUCCAGAUGGCUGGCCCUGUCUUGAAGUGUUGCUCUUUUCUUUCACCGUGGUUGUGCCCGUGUUUUAAGAUGCUAUAACUGUUAUGAAUUAAAAGAGGUCAAAGUUAGCGAGAGUAGGUCGGAUCGAGUUACCGCAGCUGGCAUAAAGUCAUGUUUUUCUUGUCAGCGUGGCUAGCUUUAAAUAUAUUCCUUUUUGUAAGUUGCAAGGGGGUUCCUUUUUAACUUGGGUAUCCACAAUAACUUCAUAGCUAGUGAGUGGGUAGUUGAAGAAAAAUGCUUCAAGUCAGCAGCAGCUUACUUAAAUCCCGUGUGAACGUUUUCCAUCCCGCCUCUUCCUGAUCGAGAUAAGAUAUUGUAGAAUAAAUGUAAGUAGCCAGCAAAGUUGCAGCACUCGUCCUUGUGUGUGUGUGUGUGUUUGUUUGUGCAGAAGUCUGCAAAAGCAGCGGGCACAGGGGAAGUCAAAGUCAGCGUUUUUGUUGUUGUAGCUGCUCUCUGGACCUCGUUGUGGAGAGGGUUGAGGCAAAUGAAGCUUACUUAGUCCAAGGGCUUAGCUGGAAAAUAAAAUGUCAGCUUGAACUCUUCCAUGGCGGGGAAAAACAAUCCAACUUCAACCUGGGCUCAGUAUCUGAGGAGGAUGUCAGGCUUGCACCUAGCAAAGGGCAGGGAGGACCAAAGGCUGGAUCUUCAUCGGGAUUUCACCGUGGCUUCUCCUGCUGAGUUUGUCACCCGGUUUGGAGGGAAUCGAGUUAUUGAAAAGGUUCUAAUUGCCAACAAUGGGAUAGCCGCCGUCAAGUGCAUGAGGUCCAUCCGUAGAUGGUCCUACGAGAUGUUUCGCAAUGAGAAAGCCAUUCGGUUUGUGGUUAUGGUGACUCCAGAAGAUCUGAAGGCUAAUGCAGAAUACAUCAAAAUGGCAGAUCACUAUGUCCCAGUGACUGGAGGCACGAACAACAACAAUUAUGCCAAUGUGGAACUGAUUGUGGACAUCGCAAAGAGAAUCUCAGUGCAGGCUGUCUGGGCUGGCUGGGGUCAUGCAUCGGAGAACCCCAAACUUCCGGAACUCCUUCAGAAAUAUAACAUCGCAUUUUUAGGUCCUUCAAGCCAAGCCAUGUGGUCCUUGGGGGAUAAAGUAGCUUCGACCAUUGUAGCUCAGACCGCAGGGAUACCGACAUUGCCUUGGAGUGGAAAUGGUCUGGUUCUUGAAUGGACGGAGGAAGAUCAGAGGCUGAAGAGGACUGUCAGCGUCCCUAAGGAACUGUACAUGACUGGUUGUGCUCGAGAUGCCACUGAAGGUUUAGAGGUUGCAGAAAGGAUUGGAUACCCGCUAAUGAUUAAAGCAUCUGAAGGCGGUGGGGGUAAAGGGAUUCGCAAGGUUGAUAGUACAGAUGACUUUCCCAAACUCUUCCGACAAGUGCAGACAGAGGUCCCGGGCUCGCCGAUCUUCAUCAUGCAGAUGGCCCAACACGCACGACACCUGGAGAUACAAAUCCUAGCAGACCAAUACGGCAAUGCAAUCUCCCUAUUUGGGCGCGACUGCUCCAUUCAACGCAGGCACCAGAAAAUCAUUGAGGAAGCCCCUGCAACCAUCGCACCUCCAUCGGUCAUCGAGCAAAUGGAACGGUAUGCAGUGAGAAUCGCCAAAAUGGUUGCUUACGUCAGCGCGGGCACGGUGGAAUACCUCUACAGUCCAGACGGCAGCUUCUACUUCCUGGAACUCAAUCCUCGCCUGCAGGUGGAGCAUCCCUGCACUGAGAUGAUUGCAGAUGUCAACCUGCCCGCUGCCCAGUUACAGGUGGCGAUGGGGAUUCCCUUGCACCGGAUGAAGGAUAUCCGAGUCCUGUACGGAGAAUCUCCUUGGGCUGACUCGCCGAUUAACUUCGAGGAGCCCGUGAAUAUUCCCAGGCCCAGAGGACACGUUAUUGCUGCCAGGAUCACAAGUGAAAACCCUGAUGAGGGCUUCAAGCCUAGCUCGGGUACCGUCCAGGAAUUGAACUUCCGAAGCAACAAAAAUGUUUGGGGAUACUUCAGCGUGGCAGCAGCUGGUGGACUGCACGAGUUUGCCGAUUCCCAGUUUGGCCACUGUUUCUCCUGGGGUGAAAACCGUGAAGAAGCUAUCUCGAACAUGGUUUUGGCUCUUAAAGAGCUCUCCAUCCGAGGGGACUUCAGAACCACGGUUGAGUAUCUGAUCAAGCUUCUGGAAACGGAGAGUUUUCAAUGUAACACCAUUGAUACCAGCUGGCUGGAUGACCUCAUUGCUGACAAGGUUCAGGCAGAGAGGCCAGAUACAGUACUUGGAGUAGUAUGCGGCGCUUUGCAUGUUGCAGACUCGGCUUUCCAAACAAGUAUGACCAACUUUCUGCACUCUCUGGAAAGAGGUCAGGUUCUCCCAGCGAGCAGUCUGCUCAACACGGUGGACAUACAGCUCAUUUAUGAAGAAACAAAGUAUUCCUUGCAGGUGGCCCGGCAGUCACUGACUCUCUAUGUUGUUGUCAUGAACGACUCCCACAUUGAGAUCGAUGUUCACCGGCUAAGUGAUGGAGGUCUCUUAUUCUCCUGCGAUGGCAACAGUCACACGACCUACAUGAAAGACGAGAUCGACAAAUAUCGCAUCACCAUCGGCAACAAGACCUGUGUGUUUGAGAAGGAGAAGGAUCCGACUGUGCUCCGUUCGCCCUCUGCUGGCAAACUACUGCAGUACCUUGUUGAGGAUGGGGGCCAUGUCUUCACAGGGCACCAUUAUGCAGAGAUUGAGGUGAUGAAAAUGGUCAUGGGUUUGACCGUGGAGGAGUCGGGAUGUGUGCAUUAUGUGAAGAGACCAGGUGCCUGUCUGGAGCAGGGCUGCACGGUAGCUAAGAUGGAAUUAGAUGACCCAACGAAACUUCACGCAGUGCAGUUAUACACAGGAGUGUUUGAACCACAGCAGUCGCUAACAAUUGCUGGUGAGAAACUACAUCAGGUCUUUCAUACUAUGCUGGAGAACCUGGUCAAUGUCAUGAACGGUUACUGCCUUCCUGACCCCUACUUCAGCAGUAAGGUUAAAAAGUGGAUCACAAAGCUGAUGUCCACUCUCAGAGCCCCAUCCCUGCCGCUUCUUGAGUUGCAAGACAUCAUGACGAGUGUGUCGGGGAGGAUCCCAGCAAGCGUGGAGAAGGCCAUUCGGAAAGUGAUCGCUCAGUAUGCGAGUAACAUCACUUCCGUGCUCUGUCAGUUCCCAAGCCAACAGAUUGCGGACAUUCUGGAUAACCAUGCUGCCACACUUCAGCGGAAAGCAGACAGGGAAGUCUUCUUUAUGAACACGCAGAGCGUAGUCCAGUUGGUGCAACGCUAUCGCAGUGGGAUCCGUGGCCACAUGAAGUCAGUGGUUCUCGGCCUGUUGCGGAGAUACCUGAACGUUGAAACACAGUUCCAGCAAGCUCAUUAUGACAAAUGUGUGAUCAACCUGCGGGAACAGUUCAAACCCAACAUGACCCCGGUGCUUGACUGCAUCUUCUCUCAUGCGCAGGUGGCCAAGAAAAAUGUCCUGGUCAUCAUGUUAAUCGAUCAGCUCUGUUCACGAGACCACACACUGACGGACGAGCUCGUGGUGAUUUUGAUGAACGAACUAACGCAACUCAGCAGGAUGGAGAACUGCAAGGUGGCUCUGCGGUCCAGGCAGGUUCUGAUUGCCUCCCACUUGCCCUCCUAUGAGCUGCGGCAUAACCAGGUGGAAUCCCUGUUCCUGUCUGCUAUUGAUAUGUAUGGCCAUCAGUUCUGCCCCGAUAAUCUAAAGAAAUUGAUCCUCUCCGAGACCUCCAUCUUUGAUGUCCUCCCCAGUUUCUUCUAUCACGCCAACCAGGUGGUUCGCAUGGCUGCUCUCGAGGUAUAUGUGCGCAGAUCAUACAUCGCCUACGAGCUCAACAGCGUCCAGCACCGGCAGCUGCACAAUGGCAUCCGUGUGGUCGACUUCAAGUUUCUGCUUCCUUCCUCUCAUCCAAACAGAGCAACCACUCCCACGCAUUUCAGGAUGUGCAUCCCAAACAGCCCGGUUCAUUAUGAACUGAAUCGGCAGAGUACUGAUCUAUUCACGACUGGCACACAAACAUAUCUCUGUCAGCGAAUGGGGGUUAUGGUUGCAUUUGAAAUAUUUGAUGAAUUUGUUAAAAACUUUGAAGAAGUGAUGGCUUGUUUUGCCGACCCAUCUCUGGAUAGUCCACUAUUCUCUGAGACAAGAUCAACUUUCUUUGACCAGGAAGACAACAAGAAUUUAAAGGACGAACCCAUCCAUAUUCUGAAUAUCGCCCUCAGAGAUGGAGACUGUGAAAAGGACGAUGAACUGGUGCAGAUCUUCAGUACAUUCUGCGAAUCAAAGAAAUCCCAUUUGCUUACGUAUGGAAUCAGACGAAUCACCUUCCUAGUUGGACAGAAGCGAGAAUUUCCCAAGUACUUCACCUUCAGAGCACAUGCUGAGUUUGCAGAGGAUCGUAUUUACCGGCACCUGGACCCAGCCCUGGCUUUCCAACUGGAACUCAACCGCAUGCAAAACUUCGACCUGGCUGCUGUUCCGUGCGGCAACCACAAGAUGCACAUGUACCUGGGCGCGGCCAGGGUCAAGAAGGGAGCAGAGGUCACCGACUACCGGUUCUUUGUCCGAGCCAUCAUGCGGCAUCCCGACCUCAUCACCAAGGAGGCCUCUUUUGAAUAUCUGCAAAACGAGGGGGAGCGACUGCUUCUCGAAGCCAUGGAUGAACUGGAAGUGGCGUUUAACAAACAGACCGUACACACUGAUUGCAACCAUAUCUUCCUCAACUUUGUGCCGACUGUGAUAAUGGACCCAAUGAAGAUUGAGAAAUCUGUCCAUGACAUGGUGAUGAGGUACGGGAGCAGAUUGUGGAAACUCAGGGUACUUCAAGCUGAGCUCAAAAUAAAUAUCCGCCUAACUCCGACGGGGAAGGCAAUCCCAAUCCGUUUGUUCCUCACAAAUGAGUCUGGAUACUAUUUGGACAUGAGCCUGUACAAGGAGGUGGCAAAUGCCCGAUCUGGACAGAUCAUGUUCAUUUCAUACGGAGACAAACAGGGACCUCUGCAUGGGAUGUUGAUGAACACACCAUACGUCACCAAAGACCUGCUCCAGUCCAAGCGAUUCCAGGCUCAGUCCUUGGGAACAACCUACGUUUACGAUUUUCCAGAAAUGUUUCAACAGGCUCUCCUUAAGAUGUGGGGAUCUGAAAUGGAAUAUCCCAAAGAACCACUGCAAUGUACAGAACUGGUGCUGGACUCGCAUGGCCAAUUGGUGCACAUGAACAGGAUCCCUGGAUGUAAUGAGGUGGGAAUGGUGGCUUGGAAAAUGAAUUUGAAAACUCCAGAAUAUCCUGACGGCCGCGACAUUGUUGUCAUUUGUAACGACAUCACAUUUAAGAUCGGCUCAUUUGGCCCAGAGGAGGAUUUGUUGUUCCUCCGAGCCUCGCAACUCGCCAGAGCCGAAGGCAUCCCGAGGAUCUACAUAGCAGCUAACAGCGGCGCCAGGAUCGGGCUUGCUGAAGAGAUAAGGAACAUGUUCCAGGUUGCGUGGGAGGAUCCAGAUGAUCCAUACAAGGGCUUCAAGUACCUCUAUUUGACACCUCAGGAUUACACCAGAAUUAGCCCUAUUAAUUCUGUGCACUGUGAAAAUGUGGAGGAGGAUGGAGAAUAUCGAUACGUUAUAACAGACAUUAUUGGCACCGAGGAAGGCUUGGGGGUGGAGAACCUUCGUGGCGCUGGUACAAUCGCUGGAGAGUCCUCGCUAGCUUACAACGACAUUGUCACCAUCAGUCUGGUGACGUGCCGUGCAAUAGGCAUCGGAGCCUACUUGGUGAGACUGGGGCAACGUGUCAUCCAAGUGGAGAACUCACAUAUUAUUCUCACUGGAGCCAGUGCGCUGAACAAGGUUCUUGGACGGGAGGUGUACACAUCCAACAACCAGCUGGGUGGAGUGCACAUUAUGCACAACAAUGGAAUAUCACACACAACUGCCCCCGAUGACUUUGAAGGGGUCUACACCAUCUUAGAGUGGCUCUCCUACAUGCCUAAGAACAAUACAAGCCCAGUGCCUAUAAUCACCCCAAAGGAUUGUCCUGAGAGGGAGAUUGACUUUGUACCAAGCAAAGCCCCGUAUGAUCCUCGCUGGAUGCUGGCUGGCAGACCUCAUCCAACUGUCAAAGGUGCCUGGCAGACUGGCUUCUUUGACCAUGCCUCCUUCAAGGAAAUCAUGGAACCCUGGGCCCAGACUGUGGUGGUGGGAAGAGCAAGGUUAGGAGGAAUUCCAGUGGGAGUAAUCGCAGUGGAGACCCGGACUGUUGAAUUGACAAACCCAGCAGAUCCAGCGGACCCGGAAUCAGAGUCAAAAAUUGUUCAGCAAGCCGGGCAGGUGUGGUUUCCAGACUCUGCUUUUAAAACAGCACAAGUUAUUAAAGACUUCAAGCGCGAGCGGCUUCCACUCAUAAUCUUCGCCAACUGGCGAGGCUUCUCCGGUGGAAUGAAAGAUAUGUACGACCAAGUUCUGAAGUUUGGUUCCAGUAUUGUCGAUAGUCUCAGGGAGUUUGAGCAGCCUGUGCUGGUGUACAUUCCCCCUCAUGCUGAACUUCGAGGUGGUUCGUGGGCAGUUAUUGAUCCAACCAUCAAUCCACUUUACAUCGAGCUGUACGCUGACCAAGAAAGCAGGGGCGGUGUGUUGGAACCCGAAGGGACCGUCGAGAUCAAGUACAAGCGGAAAGACUUGAUCAAGACAAUGAGGCGGAUUGACACUAUUUAUUCAGGCCUUGCUGACCAGUUGGGUUCUCCUGAACUGCCCGAGGACGUCCGCAAGGACCUGGAAGCCAGGUUGAAAACACGAGAGGAAUACUUGUUCCCAAUUUACCACCAAGUAGCGACCCAGUUUGCUGAUCUCCAUGACACUCCCGGACGGAUGCAGGAGAAAGGAGUUAUUACAGAUGUGCUGGAGUGGAAGACGGUCCGCACGUUCUUCUACUGGCGCCUACGCCGACUGCUGCUGGAGGAGGCGGCCAAGCAGGCGAUCAUCGCGGCAAACCGGGAGCUGAGCGACGGCCACAUUAAGUCCAUGCUGCGGAGGUGGUUUGUGGAGACGGAAGGAACGGUGAAGGCUUACCUGUGGGACAAUAACCAGCCUGUGGUGGCUUGGCUGGAGAAGCACCUCAAUACCGAGGACGAUUCUCGCUCCGUAAUACGAGAGAACAUCAAAUAUCUGAAGCGGGAUUAUGCACUAAAACACAUUCGCAGCUUGGUUCAAGUGAACCCAGAGGUGGCAAUGGAUUGCAUUAUCCACAUGGCUCAACAAAUCACCCCGGCCCAACGUACACAGAUCAGCCAUCUCCUAACGACCAUGGAUGGCCGCGAGGCACCGUGAGAGACUGGGGACGUUCACCAUCGACCAGUCGAUAGUUCACAUCAGGGAGACUGAACGAGUGCCAUCUCACGUCACUGCAAGUACAGUAAGAUAGUGUGGGGAGAGAAAAACCACUUACAGACAGCAAUCCUGGGCAUUAACCGAGCCAUCUGCUGAACAUCCUUGAAUAAACACCAGUGGAAAUUGCGACAUCAUCCAGUAUUUAAUCAAAUCCACUUAGCCUUAGAGCUCAUGGUACUUUAAACAAGUACAGUAGUUUUAACUUUGAUUAAAGAGUUUGAUAUUUAGCAUACGUGGUUAUCUACUGUGUGAGAGGGCAUACGUACAUAAGUGAUCAGAGCAGAAUUAGGCCAUUCGGCCCAUCAAGUCUACUCUGCCAUUCAAUCAUGGCUGAUCGAUCUCUUCCCCCUCAACCCAAUUCCCCUGCCUUCUCCCCAUAACCCCCCAGCACCCAUACUCAUCAAGAAUCUGUCUAUCUCUGUCUUAAAAAUUUAUCAAUUGACUUGUCCUCCACUUCAUGAUUACCAUGAUAUUGCUAAACAUCCCAUGGACCUUAGUGCUGUGAAAAGAAAAUUGGGCAACCAAGAAUACAAAGAUAGAUAGAGCCUCGUCUGCGGCAAUGAAUUCCACCCCCUCUAAAGGAACGUCCUUUUAUUCUGAGGCUGUGCCCUCUGGUCCUAGACUCUCCCACUAGUGGAAACAUCCACUUUAUCCAGGCCUUAACUUAAAGGCACUUAAACCCAGGUGUGUGGUCUACCAAGACUCGUCAUCAGGAAGUGUUUUGUUGCUAAUAGAUAGUAAGCUGAGCCAUGUACAUAAAAACAUUUUCUAAGACGUUAUUUUCUGCACAGAACUCAGUAUGCCAGUAUUAUUUUAGUUUUUAUUGCACCAGCUGUGUCUGUACAGUGCAAUUUGCUGAAUGUGCAUCCCACAGAUGCGAAUCUAAGAAAAACCCUUUGAAAAAUCAGCUGUCAAUUGUGUUCAUUUCAAUGCCUGAUCUUUGCCGAUAAAUUAUGAUCACAUUUAAAAAUGGUUGCAAAGUUGUAAUGGAGGUGACAUCAUUGUUAAACAUCCAUUUUCCUAAAGGCUGUAAGAGGCUUAUGCCCCUGUCCCACUUAGGAAACCUGAACGGAAACCUCUGGAGACUUUGCGCCCCACCCAACGUUUCCGUGCGGUUCCCGGAGGUUUUUGUCAGUCUCCCUACCUGCUUCCACUACCUGCAACCUCCGGCAACCGCCUGCAACCUCCGGGAACCGCCCGGAAACCUUGGGUGGGGCGCAAAGUCUCCAGAGGUUUCCGUUCAGGUUUCCUAAGUGGGACAGGGGCAUAAGAUGCACUAUCUUGCAGGAAACUAUCAUGUUGGGUAUGACUGAGAAAGAACUUCAGAUGCUGGAUAAAAUGUUCCCUCCGUAACUCCCUGGUCAAUUCGUCCCUUCCCACCCAAACCACCCCCUUCCCGGGUACUUUCCCCUGCAACCGCAGGAGAUGCAACAUUUGUCCCUUUACCUCCCCCCUUUAGUCCAUCGAAGGAGCCAAGCAGUCUUUCCAGGUGAGGCAGAGGUUCAGUUGCACCUCCCCCAACCUCAUCUACUGCAUCCGCUGUUCCAGGUGUCAACUUCUCGACAUCGGCGAGAUCAAAUGCACGCUCAGCGAUCGUUUCGCUGAACACCUCCGCUCAGUCCGUCGUAACCAAGCUGAUCUCCCGGUGGCUGAGCAUUUCACCUCCUCCCCCCAUUCCCAAUCCGACCUUUCUGUCCUGGGCCUCUUCCAUUGUCAGAGUGAGGCCCAGCGCAAAUUUGAGGAGCAGCACCUCACAUUUCGCUUGGGUAGUUUACACCCCAGCGGUAUGAACAUUGACUUCUCCAAUUUCAGACAGCCCUUGCUUUCUCCCUCCUUCCCCUCCCCCUUCCCAGCUCUCCCACUGUCUCUGCCCACUUUCUAUCUUUCCCCCCCAACAUCAGUCUGAAGAAGGGUCUCCACACGAAACAUCGGCCAUUCCUUCUCUCCAUAGAUGCUGCCUCAUCCGCUGAGUUACGCCAGCAUUUUGUGUCAUUUUGAGUAUGAUCUUGGUAAUGCUAUAUCAGGUGGGCUUUUUUUAAUCUAACCACUGGUUGUAGGCAAUCUCUACUCCUCUGAGUAACUACAAAUAAAAGUCUUCUUACAUGUGCGGCACGGUGGCGCAGCAAUGGAGUUGCUGCCUUGCAGUGCCAGAAACCCAUGUUCGAUCCUGACUACGGCUGCUGUCUGCACGGAGUUUGCACGCUCUCCCCGUAACCUGUGUGGGUUUUCCCCGGGAUCCCCAGUUUCCUCUCACACUCCAAAGACGUACAGGUUUGUAGGUUAAUUGGCUUGGUGUAAGUGUAAGCUGUCCCUAGUGUAGGAUUGUGUGAAUGCGCGGGCAUCGCUGGUCGGCGCGGACUCGGUGGUCCGAAGGGGCCUGUUUCCGCGCUGUACCUCUAAACUAAACUAAAAUGUGAACCAACGUGGCGAUUGACACCACCAUGAUAACUGAGUGAGCUUGAAGUGUUCAGGUUUAUUCAUGACCCAACUUGCUGUGAAAUGAUGGCUUUGGAUGGGGACCCAUUCAUCAUUGGACCAGAAUGGAACCAUCAGCCAUGAUCACAAUGAAUGGCGGUGCUGGCUCGAAGGGCCGAGUGGCCUAUUCCUGCACCUAUUGCCUAUUCCACCUUGUUUUGCCUGUUUAACAAGAGGAUUCCAUGUUUCCUGUCACAGAGCGGAUAGUGUACUGUGUGUGGCAGGCAACUGUGCGACACUUCAUUUUGGUUCUAUUUGUUAACACGUAAUCAACAACCAUAACCACUCAGUCGAGACCCGGAACCAACUCACCAUUAAAGCCUUGCUUAGACUGAUUCUCAGACAACAUAUUGGACCAAAAAUUGGUAAUGCUGCACAAAAGAGACAGUGCCUCAUAGAUGGACACAAAAUGCUGGAGUAACUCAGCGGGACAGGCAACGUCUAUGGAAAGAAGGACUGGGUGACGUUUCGGCUCGGGUCUGAAGAAGGGCCUCGACCCGAAACGUCACCCAUUCCUUCUCUCCAGAGAUGCUGCCUGUCCCGCUGAGUUACUCCAGCAUUUUGUGUCUAUCUUCCUGUA